CUCUCUCGGCCUUGGAACGGAAAAACAACUCUGUCCUCUCUCGAAAAAAAAGCUGGCUCGCUCACAUUUGAGGCACGGGCGCAACGAGGGCGCUUCAAGCCGGCGGCGGCGGCGGUAAUCACGACCCACGCUCAGGCGGCGCAUAGGCCCUGUGGUUGCUGUCCAACCGGCGGCGAGCCGGUGAUUACCGGAAGAUCUACAGGCAACGAACGAUCUGGUGGCACGAGAAGCCGUCAGGGUGAUCCUGUUGCUUGCCUAAACAUUUUGCAGUCUUCUAUUCGGGACAUGAGGAAUGUGAAAGCUAAAAUGGCCACGCACGCAGUGGAGCAAGGCAUUUCUCUGCACCAAGGCGGCACCAGCUGUCGCCUAUCCAGACGCCUCGCUGAUCCUGCCCAAUCCACAUGGGCAUCACUGCACACAGACCUGCUCGACCUGAUUGCCAGUCGGGUACUCGCCAGCGACCUUCUGGACUACGUCCGGUUCCGUGCAGUGUGCUUAGGAUGGCGUGUCACGACUCCUUGCCCACGCGGUCGAGGCGUGGUUGACCCGUGCUUCCACCCAUGUCAGUGGAUGAUGUUCCCAGAAGGUGGUGGUCUGUACCCAGGCCACCCUGCACUACUUGGCUAUGUACGCUUCUUCAACCUCUCUACCGGCACCUUCGUUCGCGUCAGACUCCCUGGCUUCAGAAACCACUCUGUGCUUGACUGCCCUGACGGCCUCCUUCUCCUGCGGCACAACAAGAGCACUGUCAUCUGCCUUCUCCACCCCUUUACAGGCGACGUCGUUUUGUUCCCGCCUCUUUCCUCCAUCUUCCCUCAGCUGGCCAAGUUCAUCAGUGACUUUAGCAAGAUUCAGGACACCCGGUUUGUCCGCGCGUCCGUCUCCGUCAAUCUGGUUGGUACUGUCACCAUGAUGCUCGCGUUGCCUGGCCUUGAUCGUGUGGCGUAUGCAUCCACCGGUGACCGGCAGUGGACUCCUACGAGCUGGAAAAUGAAGCACUUGUACUCGGCAUUGCCAUUCGGUGGCAGCCUCUAUGUGGUGGAUGGAGGGUGGGGUCUCGAACCAUCGCGCAUCCUGCGCAUCGAUCCUCCAGAAGAUUCCAACCCCUCCUCAUGGUCAGUGAUACCACCACAAAUGGUCACCCAAUGUCCAGUGAAACUGUUGAGGAUGCCUCAACUGGUAGAGUGCAACUCCGAGCUGCUUUUGGUUGGCUAUGACAGUGGACACUCAAGGAUUGUGUUUUUCCGGGUUGCUGACCUUCUAAAUGGAGUCACCACCAUGCAGCUGACAAGCAUCGGUGAUCAAGCCGUCUUCAUCGGCGGAUGGAACAUGGCUGUUAACUCCAAGAGCCUGCCAUCCGUCCAGGGGAACUCCAUCGCCAUUAUCAAUGAAAUAGGUGGUGGUCUUGCAGGCAGGGGAACUCUACCGCUAUACGAUCUUGGCAGCGGUACCUGGUCACAGGUGUUUGACGGACCCUUCCUCGAUGGACCCAUGCCUAGGCCGUACAGCCUUGUCCUCCACGUCGCAACCUGCUGCCAGCGCCUUUUCUGGAACAGUGGGAAAAUCUUGUGUUUCAACACAGACGUAGGACUAGGAGCCGAGGAGUGAAGUGUGGAGGGGAGCACACAUAAGUGUAAAUAGAAUCUGCACUGAUCAACGAGAUGUUUCUUUGAUUUUCUAGUGGUUACACCUGCUGAAAGAGUCUUUGUUAUGCAUGUUAUCCCGUAGCUUUACCAGCAUCCAGCACAAAGAGCAGUGGGUUCAGUCCAUAUCUAUCUAUUUAUAGUAUAUCUACUCAAUAUUGUGUUAUCGGUCCAGGAUGUAUAAUUGUCCUAAAAUUGUUGUGCACCCUUCAGCUCGGAGACCAUGUUUUUGUCAUAUAUGCACUUUGAGAAAUUAAUUGUGCUUCUUUUUUGUUAUA